AUCUCUCCCUUUUUUCUCUCGGAAUAGGAGGAGAGAGAACUGGGUUUGGGAGAAGCCGCCAUUAUUGGGAGCAGGGGGAAAAAAACACACUUGCACACACGUACACGCAGUCUCAAGUCUAACGCGCGUAUUUGAGAUAAAACAUUUAAAGGUGGAAUUGUUCACCGACGAAACAAUUGCACCUAAAUUUUGAAUCAAGUGCCGUGAAUGUAUGCGGGCAACUAUGCAUAUUAUGAGUACAACAAAGGAAAUAAUUGGUCAAAAAACAACGUGGUGAGCCCAGAGGAAGACUGUGAAACAAGCCGUUUUAACGCCCCCUCCUUUCUUACAGGAAAAAAAUCCAGUGGACGAGCCAUUUGAGGUCCUGAAGGAUUUUUUUGUGUUGUUUUUUUGUUUUGUUUAAACGCUACGAAGAGGAACAAGAAGCAAAAAUGGUACUCAAAACUUCACUCUCAUGAAAAAUGGAGACUUAAUAGAAAAACAUAAUCUUAUCAAUCAUCCGAACGAAAAAAGGAAAUACAGAUUAUCGUGUGACUGUUGGAGGUGUAUUAUUUUUUCUUCAUCUCUUUAUUAAUUUAUUUAUCGAGCCGGUCGGGGCUGCUGCCUGUGCGAGAGAACAGCAGAGAAAGGACAGAGCGAAGAGGCAGAGAAAGGAGGGUAAUGCUAUGGGACAGAUCUGGACUGGACAGCUCUGAGACCAUCCUCUGCUUCUGCUGCACAGAGACGCUGCCGGGGGAAAGAGAUGGGUCGGGCUAGCGUGGUCUCCUGCCCUUUCGCCUGAUCCCUGUCAGCACACCCCCUUCCCACGUCCCCCCUCCCCCUCCAUUUCCCCUCCUUCCUCACCCUCCCUUCUUCCAUUGGACACAAGCGCCGAGCUGCAGAAAUGGACUGAAAAAUGAACAUUCUGGAUAUUGCCGAGAACGUGUGAAAGCGAAGGAAAAAACGGCUCCAGCAGUAACUUUAACACAAAAACAAUAAAAAAAGACACAAAACUAAGUGAACUGAAGAUAAGCCAAAAAAUAAAAAACAAAAACAUAUUUUUUUGCGAGCAUUAGAGAGGGUUGCAUGGAAACGUGCCCAGGCAGACUCCUCUCCCGAGCUUCCAGGCACAGCAGGAUGAGUUCCCGCGUGCGAUAAUGAUGGCGAAAAAACAAGAUGCCCGGGCUCCCACCUACAACCUGGUUGUGGUGGGUCUGUCCGGGACGGAGAAAGAAAAGGGGCAGUGCGGGGUGGGCAAGUCCUGCCUCUGCAACCGCUUCGUCCGCCCGAGCGCCGAUGACUUCUACCUGGACCACACCUCCGUGCUGAGCACUAGCGACUUCGGGGGCCGGGUGGUCAACAACGACCACUUCCUGUUCUGGGGGGAGGCCACGCGGGCACUGGAGGAAGGGCCCGAGUGCCGGAUGCACGUGGUGGAGCAGACCGAGUUCAUCGACGACCAGACCUUCCAGCCGCACCGCAGUACUGCCCUCCAACCCUACAUCAAGAGGGCGGCCUCUACCAAGCUGGCCUCCGCUGAGAAGCUCAUGUACUUCUGCACAGACCAGCUGGGCCUGGAGCAGGACUUUGAGCAGAAGCAGAUGCCCGAGGGGAAGCUGAUGGUGGACGGCUUCCUGCUCUGCGUGGAUGUCAGCCGGGGCAUGAACCGAAACUUUGAUGACCAGAUGAAGUUCGUCACCAACCUCUACAAUCAGCUGGCCAAGACCAAGAAGCCGGUGGUCCUGGUGCUCACCAAGUGCGAUGAGGGUGUGGAGCGCUACAUCAAGGACUCCCAUACCUUCGCCCUGGCCAAGAAGAAUCUGCAGGUGGUGGAGACCUCUGCUCGCUCCAACGUCAACGUGGACCUGGCCUUCCUCACCCUGGUACAGCUCAUCGACAAGAGUCGGGGCAAGCCCAAGAUCAUCCCCUACUUCGAGGCGCUGAAGCAGCAGAGUCAGCAGAUCGCCUCCGCUAAGGACCACUACGAGUGGCUGGUCAGCCGCAUUGUCAGGAACCACAAUGAGACGUGGCUGAACAUUAGCCGCCGCAUGCAGGCUUCCGCUGAGUACAAGGAGUACGUCUUCCUGGAGGGCACGACAAAGGCCAAGAAAUUGUUCCAGCAGCAUGUUCACCGGCUGAAACAGGAGCACAUAGAGAGGAGGCGGAAGCUCUACCUGGGCACCCUGCCCCAGGCCCUUAGCUCAUUGGUGCCUGACCUGGAGGAGAUUGACCACCUGAGUUGGUCUGGGGUGCAGAAAGUUCUUGAAAAUAAGCGGGACUUCAGCAGCUGGUUCGUUGUUCUGGAGGACACGCCCUGGGAGACCACGCCCCACAUCGACAACAUGGAGGACGAUCGCAUUCCCCAGGACCUGUUGGAGACGGAGGCGGCAGAGAUAGUCUACGAUGCCCACCUGGAGCAGCUGCGCAAUGAGCGCACUCGGGCAGAGAUGCGCUGGGAGUUCAAGGAGAAGCUGGGCGCCUCGCCCUUCGUCACGCCCGGUAAGCCCUGGGAGGAAGCGCGGAGCUUCAUCAUGAACGAGGACUUCUACCAGUGGCUGGAAGAGCCGGAAUACCUUGAUAUCUACAACAGACACCAGAAGGAGAUCAUCGACCGGGCCAAGGAGGAUUUCCAGGAGCUCCUGCUGGAGUACUCUGAGCUGUUCUAUGAGCUUGAGGUGGAUGCCAAGCCCAGCAAGGAGAAGAUGGGUGCCAUUCAGGAGGUGCUGGGCGAGGAGCAGAGGUUCAAGGCCCUGCAGAAGCUCCAGGCGGAGAGGGAUGCCCUGGUGCUCAAGCACAUCCACUUUGUCUACCACCCCACCAAGGACACGUGCCCUAGCAGCCCACAGUGUGUGGACAGCAAGAUCGAGCAGACCCUGGCCUCCCGAUUCCCGACCCGGUACCCAUGUUUUGAUGGGAGCCAGAAGCCUGGCGAGGGCAGGGCAGAUCGGAUCAACCUGGUGAUUCUGGGGAAAGACGGCCUGUCUCGGGAGCUGGCUAACGAGAUCCGAGCACUGUGCACAAACGACGACAGGUACGUGCUAGACGGGAAGAUGUACGAGCUGGCACUGCGGCCCAUCGAGGGGAACGUGCGCCUGCCAGUCAACUCCUUCCACACACCCACAUUCUCCCCGCACGGCUGCCUUUGCCUAUAUAACUCCAAGGAGUCCCUGUCAUAUGUAAUGGAGAGCAUUGAAAAAGUCCGGGAGUCUACCUUAGGCCGCCGGGACAACCACCUGGUCCAGCUCCCCAUGUCCCUCCUCCUGGUCACAAAGCGGGGCGUCGGGUCGGUGGGAGACAUCGGCGGGGAGACGGCCCACAGCCUGAUCGUCCAGGGUCAGCAGGUGGCCAGCAAGUUGCAGUGCAGCUUCCUGGACCCGGCCUCGCCCGGCGUGGGCUACGGGCGCAAUGUGAACGAGAAGCAGAUCAACCAGGUGCUGAAGGGGCUCCUGGACUCUCGGAGGAGCCUGGGAAGCAGCUCCCCACCCUUACCCCCUCCGCCCCCCGGCUUCAGAGACUCGCACCACCAGCAGAGCCCCGAGGCCGACCUGCGCGUGGUCAUGUGCCUGAUGUGUGGUGACUCCUACGACGUCGACCAGCUCCUCGCGCCCUUCCUGCAGCAGCAGCACUGCCGGCCCACGUCCAGCCUGACGAGCGGCACCUCGGUGCUGCUGGAGCUGACGGUGGGCGGCCAGCGGCAGAGCAUCGAGCUCUCGCUGCUCUCCUACCACUCUUCGUUCUCCCUGCGCAAGAGCCGGCUGGUCCACGGCUACAUCGCCGUGUAUUCGGCCCGCCGGCGCGCCUCCCUGGAGACGCUCUGCGCGUUCCUGUGCGAGGUGCAGGACAUCAUCCCUGUGCAGCUGCUGGCGGUGACCGAGAGCCAGACGGAGCUGGCGGACUGCGAGAGCUCCCGAGAGCAGUUUAACCAGGGGGAAGAUCUGGCGCGCGAGAUCGAGGCCCGGCUGACCACCGUUGUGUGCGGGCCCAGUGGGGUGGUUGGCGGCCUGCACCGGAUAGACAUCCUGCAGCCCUUCCUGAAAGAUGUGGUGGAGAAGCGCACCAUCGUGGAGGCCACGCACAUGUAUGACAACGUGGCGGAGGCCUGCAGCACCAACGAAAGCGUCCAUUCGCCCCGUUGUGGCUCCCCGAGUCCCAUCACCACCCAGGUGGAUUCGGAGGAUGACGUUGAGCCCUCGCCCCCGUAUCCUCCGCACGAUGGCUCCCACGGUUUCAAGCUGCCCGACCUGGACGCCAGCGACCCCUUCUCGGUCAUCACUGACAUCAGCACCUUCGAGAGCAGGCUCAACAACAAGGUGCCACCCCAGGUGCGGCCGAAGCCCACCGUCACCUUUGACUUCCGUAAGGUGAACCUCAGCCCUUACAUGGACUCGGGCGUCAACCGCCGCUCCUUGCCCUCGGCCGUCACGUGGGCGCCCGGCGGGGACGCCGGCUACGACCCCUCCGACUACGCCGAGCCCAUGGACGCCGUGGCCAAGCCCCGCCCCAGCGAAGAAGAGAACAUAUACUCCGUGCCGCACGACAGCACGCAGGGCAAGAUCAUCACCAUCCGCAACGCCAACAAGCCGCACUCCAACGGCGGAGGCAACGGCUCGGACAGCGAGGCGGACAGCAGCUCCCUGGAGCGCCGGCGCAAGCUGUCCGCGCUGGGGCUGAAGCCCCGGCUGUACCGCGACCGGUCCAAGCGUCUGGGCAAGUUCAGCAGCUUCCGCACCAGCUUCUCCAUCGGCAGCGACGACGAGCUGGUGGGCCCGCCCAAGGCCAAGGAGGACGAGGGCGGCGCGCACAAGGGGGACAACUCCCUCAACGAGGAGGGCGAGGACCCCAAGAGGAGGAACAUCCUCAGGAGCCUGCGCCGCACGGGGAAGAAAACGCGUCCGAAGCCCCGCCACUCCAUCUCCAAGCCUCUGGAGAGCAACUAUUUCGGGAUCCCCCUGGUCAGCGUGGUGUCCCCCGAGAGACCCAUUCCCGUCUUCAUCGACAAGUGCAUCCGCUACAUCGAGCUUACAGGUUUGACGACAGAGGGGAUCUAUCGCGUGAGCGGGAACAAGGCCGAGAUGGAGAGCAUGCAGAGGCAGUUUGACCAGGAUCACAACCUGGACCUGAUGGAGAAGGACUUCACUGUGAACACGGUGGCGGGUGCCAUGAAGAGCUUCUUCUCCGAGCUCCCUGACCCACUGGUGCCCUACGUCAUGCAGGUCGAGCUGGUGGAGGCUCACAAGAUUAACGACAGGGAGCAGAAGAUGCAGACCAUGAAGGAGGUGCUACGGAAGUUUCCGCGUGAGAACUACGACGUCUUCAAAUACGUCAUCGGCCAUCUCCACAAGGUGAGCCAGAAUAACCGGGUGAACCUGAUGACCUGUGAGAACCUGUCCAUCUGCUUCUGGCCCACGCUGAUGCGGCCGGACUUCACCACCAUGGACGCCCUGACCGCCACCCGCACCUACCAGACAAUCAUCGAGUGCUUCAUCCACCAGUGCGCGUACUUCUUCUACAAUCAGCCCCUCGUCGACACGCCCAGCGGCAUCUCCGGACUGUCCGGACUGUCCUGCCUGCCCGCCUCCCCCACCACCCUGUCCGGAGGCUCCGCCUACUCCUGCUACACCUCCCCGGCCGCCGCCUCCUCCCCCUACACCCCCCUGCAGCAAUCCCCGCCCCACUCCCCGCCCGCCACCCCCCAAUCCCCCCUGCAGGCCCUGCUCCCCUCGCUCCACCCCCACCACACCCCCACUGAACCACAGACGCUGUGAGAGAGAGAGGGAGGGAGAGACAGAGAGUGAGUGAGGGAGGUAGAGAGAGAGAGAUAGAGAUAGAGGGAGAAAGUAAGUGUGAAGGAAAAGGGAAGAGGGAUGAUUUUGUUUGCCGCAAUGCUGGACUUUACUCUUGAAUGCAGACACUUUUUUUUUCCCCCUGCUAGAGGGGGAGAGAGGGAGAGGGAGAAGAGGAGAGGGAAGAGGAGAAGUGCAGGGGAGGAGAGAGGAGAGGAAGAGGGGAGGAAGAGAGAGGAGAGCAGAGGAACACUGAAACUCCUUAUUUGUCUUCCCGGAGCCCCUCCUCUUGCGCUCUCUCUGGUUUCUGUGUCUCCCUCGCUGCUUUCCUGUCCCCUAGCCCUCCUGCCUUAGAAACAACACACCCCCCACCACACACACACACACACACCCACACACACCUCACACACACAC